UGAUGAUAACAACAAUAAUAAAAUAGUUCUUUUCAGAACUCAUCAGCGUUUUUCAUUAUAAUUUCUAUAAUAUUUUCAUUAUUGUAUUUCUUUUACGAGGGGAGAAAAGUUCUUUUCGGAACUCUUCAUUCUUUCCCACUAAUAGUAGAAUAAGGUAUGUCUACAAAUUUUAUAUCAUGCCCAGAAUGCCAGCACACUUUUAGAGCUCGGAAAAAUCUCUAUAAACAUGUAAGAAAGUUUCAUUCUUCUCUAGACCUAGAUGAACUCAAGAGCCGAAAGAAAUGCAGAGUUUGCACAGAGACUUUUAAUGGUAUGAAUGAUUUGGAAGCCCACAUGCAGCUGUUACACAACAGUGCAUCUGAAAAUAAAUGCUCACAUUGCCAGUUUGUGUUCAAAGCAAGAAAAAACCUUAAUGAGCAUGUAAGAAACUUUCAUCCAUCUGAUCAUGGUGAAUAUAAGGACAAUAAACAGACUUUAGUGUGUAGCAUUUGUAAUCAAAAGUUUUUGCACAUGAGAGAUUUGCAUUCCCACUUCAAAUCAGAUCAUCCUGAUAUUACAUUGUCAUUCCAAGAAAAUAUAUUUUAUUCUGUUGAAGAUUUUGAAAUAUGGAAAGCUGAAAUUGAAAGGGAAACACAAUCGCAUUUUUCUAAAAAAUGUGGAGACCAGCAGCUUGUUGAUGGGAGAAUUUGUAUGAGAUUUUAUUGUCACAGAAGUGGCGUUUUUGAACCAAAGAAGGAUAGGAUGUGCAGAGUGAAGAAUAUUGGUUCACAGAAAAUUGGAAAAACCUGUCCUGCAUAUAUUACAGCAUAUAAAAAAACUGUUCUGGAUGUUACGGAAAUCCAGGUACACUACCAGUCAGUUCAUGUUGGACAUAAAUGUGAGGUUGCACGACUACCACUUUCUAAAAAUGAGAAAGUGGAAUUAGCAGGUCAUAUGAAUCUUGGUGUACCUAAAUCACAUGUUUUGAAUAGUCUGAGGAAAAAUUAUUCACCAACUAAGCGCUUGAGUUUAACUCAUCGAAAAGAUCUACACAACAUAUGCCGAGACUAUAAAAUAAAUGAAGAUGAUGUUUUCCAUCAGAAUGAUGCUAUGUCAGUUGACAUACGUAUUAAUAAAAUGCUAAAGGAAGAAGAAAAUUCUGUUUUGAUUUAUAAACCAAAAAACAGUAGAUGA